AAUAUUACACUGAAAUUGACUUUGACAGUAACACAAGUAAUAUCAGGCUAUAUACAUUGUGUAUGUUCAAGUCUUCAGAGAGUGACGAAAUUUCGCAUUCAACAGCCCACGGUGUACAUUGUUAUAAAAUGAGUUUUAUAAAAAUACUUGGACUAAGUUGAAGUGAAUUAUACACAGCUGUAUCACCCUGCAAGUUUCUAGGUUUCAUACAUGUAUUCUUAUACUAUAUGUGUUCUAUUUCAGUAAAAUGUGUUUAAAUUUUGCACCUAAAUUGUAAUAGUUAACAAGCAAGCUAGAGCUUAUUGGUCUACUUUGUUGAUCAAUAUCAGUAAGUCAAAAUAUAUUUUGCUUGAUUAGUUUUGAUAAGAGUCAUAAAACCUCUGUGUAUUUUCACAUUGUGAGUGCAUAUUUCUGUUGAUGUGUUCUAUUUUACCACAGAAAACACUGUAACACUGGAUACAUUUCACUCAAAAAUCACUGCCUGGGCAACUCUCUCAAGUCUCUAAUUUUUGUCUAUAUUUUUGGUUUGAUUUACUUCCUUUUUGUUUUUUGGACCAUAAAGAAACAUUAGAUACAGGGGCCAGUUCAGAAGUAAUCUGAUCAGAUUUUGGCCAUCAGAUUGGAUCAAAUCUUGAAAAUGGGUUGUUCAAAAGAAAAAAAGGAUUCUGAAUUCGGAUUAGAUCACAAAAUCCAAUCUUGGUUUUGAUCUGGAUUAAAUCCUCAGUUUGUGUUCAAAUGUUUUAGUAAGAUUGGGAUACUUCUGCUGGGAUUAUUCUGAUCCCAGCAGAAGGGUGGAUUUCAGGAACAAAAUGUAAUAAAACUUUAAAACUGGUCCAAAAAAUACAACAUUUUAACAUGUAAUAUAUCCCCAAAUCCCCAAACGGCUGUCAAUAUCAAACAAAAAUAUUACAUUUAAUUUAAGUAUUUUUUUUUUUUUAAUCACUGAUUGUAAACUACAUUGGCACAAUCAUUAGAGAUGGACCAGUCAGAAGUAGUUAUUUGUGUAAAUGCAAUGAAAAACUAGAAUGCAAAAUAUUGGCAUUUCCCCCCCAUUACCAUGUCCCUUUAGGGGCACCAUAGAGCACUAGUAAUCCAGAUUUGGAAAUCUGAAAAAGUGUGCAUCUGGAUCAAGGUGAUCCAAUCCAAUUUUGAUUUGAAAAAAAACAGCACAAAAGUAAGAUGGGUUUCCUGAUCCUGGAUAGCAAAACAUGGGAUUUCCAAAUCAAGAUCAUUCUGAUCCAGAUUAAACUUUUUGAACAACUGGCCCCAGAAGAUGAGCACUGGCUCACUGUAGCUUUGCAUUCUUGCAGCUCAUUGAGGCUGUCCUAUAUUGUGCAACUUUUUAUUGCCUUAUUGGCACACCCAUUUGUGCAUGAUUCUUAAACACAAAAUCAGGAAACUGCUCAGUUCAGAAAAAAACUAUAUGUGAUCCAUUGUUGAGCAUUAAAAUGGCGGAAUCCAGUAUUUCAGUGGUUCAGGAUCAGUUCAGCUGUUCAAUUUGCCUGGAUCUACUGAAGGAUCCUGUGACCAUCCCCUGUGGACACAGUUACUGUAUGAGCUGUAUUACAGGCUGCUGGGAUCAGGACGAUCAGAAGAAAGUCAGGUGUCCUCAGUGCAGACAGACCUUCAUUCCAAGACCUGUUUUAGGUAAAAACACCAUGAUGGCUUCAGUGCUGGAAAAACUCGAGAAGACAAAACUACAAGCUGCUCGUCCUGCUCAGUGUUACACUAGAUCUGGAGAUGUGGAGUGCGACGUCUGUACUGGGAGAAAAUAUAAAGCCAUCAAGUCCUGUCUGACAUGUCUGGAAUCUUUUUGUCAAAAUCAUUUUAAACGGCAUGAAGAAUUUCACUCCGGAAAGCGACAUAAAGUGAUGGACGCCACUAGACGACUGCAGGAGAUGAUCUGUCCUCUACAUGAUAAACCGCUGGAAAUUUUUUGUCAUACUGAUCAGCAGUGCAUAUGUUAUCUGUGUACAAUGGAUGUGCACAAAAACCAUGAGACUGUAUCAGCAGUUGCUGAGUGGACAGAGAAACAGCGACAGCUGGAAAAAACCCAGAGAAAAUUCUGCCAGAGAAUCCAGAAUAGAAAGGAGGAGCUUCUGAAGCUGAGGAAAGCUGUGGAAUCUCACAAGCACUCUGCACAGACAGCAGUGGAGGACAGUGAGAGGAUCUUUACUGAUCUGAUCCGCUGCAUUGAGAGAAGCCGCUCUGAGGUGACACAGCUGAUCAGAGAUCAGGAAAAGGCUGAAGUGAGUCGAGCUGAAGAACAACUGAAGCGACUGGAGCAGGAGAUUGAAGAUCUGAGGAGGAGAAACGCUGAGCUGGAGCAGCUUUUACACACAGACGAUCACAUCCAUUUCCUCCAGCGUUUCCAGUCUCUCUCUGUUCCUCCUGGAUUUACAGACUCACCCAGCAUCACUGUCAGUUCUCAUCUCUUUUUUGAUGAUGUUGAAAAAUCCAUGACUCAACUGAAAGAGAAACUGGAGCAUUUCUGCAGAGAGGAGAUAAAAAGGCUAUCUAGUAAAGUAACAGAUAUUAUGAACAAUCCUACCCCUGAGCCCAAGACCAGGAAGGAGUUUCUACAAUAUUCACAUCAGCUCAAUGUGGAUUUAAACACGGUGAACAAACUUCUCUGUUUGUCUGAGAGGAACAGAGUGAUUACUUACACUAAUAAACUGCAGCCGUAUCCUGAUCAUCCAGACAGAUUUGUUCACUGGUCACAGGUGUUGUGUAGAGAGGGAGUGUGUGGACGCUGUUACUGGGAGGUUGAGUGGAGUGGUCGGGUGGAUAUAUCCGUGUCAUAUAAGAGCAUCAGCAGGAAGGGACGGGGUGAUGAGAGUGAGUUUGGUUGUAAUGAUCAGUCCUGGAGUUUGGCCUGCUAUGGGUCCAAUUGCUCAUUCUGGCACAAUGACAAAAGGACUGAUCUCCCUGAUGUCUCCAGCUCCUCUAGAAUAGGGGUGUAUGUGGAUCACAGUGCAGGAACUCUGUCCUUCUACAGCGUCUCUGACACAAUGACCCUCAUUCACAGAGUCCAGACCACAUUCACUCAGCCUCUCUAUGCUGGGUUCAAUUUCAAUGCAUUAUCUGUUUUCUUUUCUAGAACAGAAUCAAAGGUUAAACUGUGUGAUUUAAAAAUAUAGAUGAUUCAGUGAUUCAGCAAAUAAACUGCAUAUUAGAAGUGUGAGCUCCAAAAUAAAUCGGCAACUGUAAGAUGUUCUGAAGUCUCUGCUGAAAUGACACAUGCCAGAUUUCUGAAUAAUAAAAAUAAUGAUUGUGGAGUAUAAGAGCUAAAUGUAUGAAUAUCAAUGACAGUCACCAAUGACAGUAGCAGUCCAAUCAAUAAUAAUAAUAAUAAUAAUACUGUCUUCACACAAGAUUGAUGAAAUUUAUAAUUUGGCACAUUACGUUAUUCAUUACUAUAUGUGUUGUAUUUCAGUAAAAUGUAGUUCUUGAUUUAUUUUCAAAUGGGCAGGAAAAAUGUACAAUCAUUUUCUCUCAGAUUUGGUAUGUAAGAGUAAGAGUACAUUUAUUUUAUCAUGUUUAUUUUAUCUACGUAUAUGGUUUAUGUAAAUUUUGCAACAGAAGGUUUUGAAAUAUACCUAUAUUGUAAUCUACAGCAAAUUAGCACUUAUUCUACUCUGUUAACCUAUAGCAACAGGUUAUACAAGGCAAAUAUGAAUAUGAAAUCAUUAUAACCAAGUGUAACCAAGUAGUACAGUAUGAAUAAAAGUAUAAUGAUUUCUCCAGCAGAUAUUUUACUUUAUCAGCUUUUAAUAGGAGUCAUGAAAGUUCCCUGAAUGUUGUGUAUUUUCACAUUUUGUGAGUGUGUUUUUCUCCUGAUGUAUUUUGUUUCACCACAGAAAACACUCUGUAACACUGAGUACAGAUCACUCAAUAAACAUCAC